AUGGACGUUCCAGCCGAGGUAGACUGUGUUACAAAGACGAAGCUUAGCUUCACCCAGUAUUUCCACAAUCCUAUGACAGGAAAAAGAAUUACAAUUUUCAGAACAAAACUAUCAUCCAGAAUGACUAUCAAUUCUAAAAGGAUGAUAAUUCAUCCCCUGGCAAUUGUUAAACCACAUGACUACCCACUGUUCAAAACAAGGACACGGCUCGCUCGAUCACACCAAACCGAAAACUCAUCGCGUCCAAAAUCAAUGAAACCCAAAAUAUUUGCAUUUUCCAUAAGAAAAAUCAUAAGCCCUCCACAUCACACUCCACUCUCCACUCCAAUAAUUAACUACUCUAUUGCAUGCUCACGUGACCCUCUUCCGGAACUACCAGGCCACUACCACCGUUUCCGUGGACUAUCACCUCCAGACUCCGGAUCCUCGCUCCAUUGCUGCUUAUCGCUGGAUUCAAUCGGCGAGUUCUGUUCUAUUCACACGAAACAGUCGCGCUCUCGAAUUUCCGGUAGCUAG